GAUCUGGGGUUUGGGGACACGGCCUGUAAAACAGGCCUUCUGGCUACUGCGGAAAGGCUGCAACUCUCUGGGACUUGCCUCUGUCGCCCCCAUACUCCUUAGGCGCGCUUCCGGUUCACCCUGAACGCGCGGCGCGGCUCUCCCCCCCCCCCCACCGCCCGCGGCCGAGGGGCGGGGCUGGCUCAGCUUCCCCAGCCCAGCACCGAUGCCUGCAGCCCCCUCCCCUCGCCUUCUUGCCGCUCCAGCCGCGGAGGUCGCCCAGCACCGGCCGAACUCCACCCUAAACGACCCUGUGUGGAGAGGCAAGAGGUCAGAACCUGAGGUAGGCGAUGGACAAGAAGGAUAAAGCUAAGGCAGGAACCGCCUCGCGGACACUGGUUUCUCCAUCGCCCGGUCUUCGGACUCCUAAGCUCCCAGAGUCUCCUCUCCCCUCUCCCCCAAUAACUACCGCUGCCCUUCGAGUUCUGGGAGCUACUGGAGCUAUGGGGCGAAGGCCGCCGGUGGAGCGUGCAGCGGGCGGUGGCAAAACCGCUCUCCCAGAAAAUGCUGCCCAAGUGGGACCCCUGCGGAACGCUGGGACAGGUCCUCGAAGCCCAGCUUCCAGGCCUCCAAUUGGUGGAAGAGGGGAAAGAACAUCUACGAAGACCCCCAGCCAGGGCUCUGUUUCUAACCCCGGGCGUGCCAGUGGGACCACGAGGCCGGUACUUGUUGGCCAGAAGGGACUACGACCCUCCACUGAAGAACCUGUGGCUAAAGCAAAAAUCCCAGAGGCUCCCAAACGAAAUGCUCUGAGCUCAGGAUCAAAAAGAGACUCUUCAGGGCCUACCUCUGGAGCCCCUUCUCCAACCAUCACCCGUCGGUCUAGGGCUCUGGCCACAGAGGUUGGAUUCCCGCGGCCAGCUCCGAGUCCUCGGCAGCAUCCCCCGACUGAGGCACCUAGGAAAUUAGUGGGCAGUGCCUCAGAGCACAGUGCCACGGAGUCGAGCCCAAUCACCAGGAGGAGAUCCAGCGCUAGUGGCGGCCUCCAGAAGCUGGCCUCACGUUCCCUAGGCUCCCCAGCCCGCUCUGGGGCCUCACUGCGUGCAACAUCCCGAGCUCCUGCUCUUACCUCGCAGCCAAAGUCGAAAGGGCAGCAGGCUCUACGCUCCUCUCAGACCACAGUCCCAAGGAAGGACCCAGCCUCAGUGCAGAGCCUGCUUUCUGCUCCUCCAUUGAGCACGCCAUUGCCACCUGGUCCCGCCACACGACAGGCACCGCCCACCCACGUCCCCGGGGUUCUCCCACAGGCCACACUCCCGCCGUCCCCACCGACUACGCCCCCUCCACCUGCCUCGCUCCAUCCUCCGUCCUCGCCUUCUCUACAGGCCUUAAGCUGUCCACCAGCCCCUUGCCCUCUCUCUCUACAGACCCUCCCCUCUCCACCGGCCACGCCUCCUUUUCAAACUCCACCCCCACACCCGAGAACAUCCUUUUCAGAAGAGGCAUCCACCGUACCUUUGUCCAUGGCUGCAGUUUCUCCAUCAGUUUCACUCCCUGUGCCUCAAACCCAGGCUUGUUUGGCUUUGUCCCCUCUUACAAUUCCCUUGGCCACAACCCCGCCUGCUUCUCUAUCUGUAGCCACCUCCCUUCUAGGAGUCCCUCUUUCUACUCCAAUUUCUCCACAGAAUCUGCCCUCUCCACUUGCUAUUCCUUCUUUGUCAGCACUUUCCACUCUGGCCACGCCCUCUUCACGGGCCAGUCUUUCUGAGUCUCCUCAUCUUCUCCAGGCCACGCUCUCUAACACGAGUACGUCUCCUCCUUUUCUGGUUUCUUCCUCCGCCUCACGGUCUCCGCAGGCCGUGCCCCCAUCUGUGGUCACGCCUCCCCUGUGUCCCUCACCUCUGGCUUUGCCCCCUUUACAGCACUUUUCCUCCCUCUUGACCCAGCCAUCCAAGCUGGCUUCACCUUCUCUGCAGGUCACACCUCCUUUGGCCUUGUCACCUAAGCAGGUCUCACUUUCUAGGGGGGCACCCUCUCCGUAUGCGACACCUUUUUUCUUGCCUACACUCCCUAAGCUAGCUCAACCUCUGACCUCACCCUCGUUGCAGGCCACGCCUUCUGCUACUUUCCCUUACUCUCUUGCCUCGCCCCCUGCCUUACCCCCACUGCAGACUCUUCUUUCUCCUGCUGCCUCUUCCCCUCUACAGGUCCCUCUUUUUCCUUCAGGCUCACCUUUGGUUACGCCCCCUGCACAAGUCUCACAGACACUGGACUCAACCCCUUGCUCUCUGAUCACAGCCCCUAAAGACCCACUUUCUCAGGACUUGCCCUCGCAGCAGGUCCAGUUUUCCUUCGCAACCACGCCCCCUACACUUACCUCACCUUCUCUGGCCUUCCCCCCCCUACAGGCUCCACACUCCUCUUUGGCCGUACCCACAUCUUCACAGGUGCCCCUUCAGGCUUUGACCCCCCUGCAGGUCCCACCCUCUCCCGUGGCCACGUCCCCUCCUCAAGUCCCCACUGGCCCGGACUCACCCCUUUUACAGACCCCUCCCUCGCCUCCUGCCACACCCAUAAUGCAAGCCCCACGUCGACCCCCGACCCCAGGUCCUGAUGUUUCCAUCUCAGGUCCAAGGCUGACCCUAACACUGGCCCCCGCCCCGCCGCCUCCACCUUCGCGCAGCCCGUCCAGUACUCUGAGCGGCCCCGACCUGGCCGGCCACAGCAGCAGCGCCACAAGCACGCCCGAGGAGUUACGCGGCUACGACAGCGGGACGGAGGGUGGCGCCACAGCCUCCCCGCCUGCUGACGCGGAGCUUGCCGCCUGCCACCCAGCGGCCUGGAGCCGAGGUUCUAACCCGACUCUGAUAGUCCGCGGCGCCCCAAGUGUUUCCCUGCCGUGGCCCCCGACUGCUGGACCGGGUUCCGCUGACGGCUUGUGCACCAUCUACGAAGCAGAAGGACCAGAGUCUGCGACCCCUACCCCUGGCGCGCUGGAUCCCGAACCGGAGUCUGGCGCAGACGGUGGGAAGCCUGGGGCUGGGGCGGGGGCGUCCCCGCAGAGCCCAAAGUCCGCGCGUCUUGGCGAGCUGCAGCUAGGGGCGCUGCAGGCGAGCGUUGUGCAGCACCUGCUGAGCCGAACGCUGUUGCUGGCUGGAGGCAGUGGAGGUAGUCCGGGGUGCACUGGAAGUGGUUGUGUCUUCGGGGGCGCCCGUGCUCCGCUCAGCGACGCUGAACUGGGCCGCUGGGCCGAACUACUGUCUCCCCUGGACGAGUCUCGUGCUAGCAUCACUUCGGUCACCAGCUUCUCUCCAGACGACGUGGCUUCCCCACAGGGUGACUGGACUGUGGUGGAAGUGGAGACUUUCCACUGAGCCACCUCCGCGUAUCACAUCAUCCCAGCUUUAGGACCCGCUCCGUCGGCUACACUUUUGUCUUAGGCCCCUACUCCAUUCCCUUCGACACGUCCAUCUGUUGGAUUGAUUUUAUCUCUCGAGACUUAAGUCUUUCGGCCCAGGUUCCGCCCCUGCUUUUGGCGCAGGUUCUGGUAGUCACCCACACAUUGGCUUAGGCUCUGCCCCAGAUCUCUGUCUCCUUAGUUUAGGACACGCCCCUGAUCUGAGCCUCGCCCUCUUCCCUCAGUUUAGGCCGUGACCCACGUUCUAUGCCUUGUCGGUCUUGCAAUAAAACCCGGGGAGCUGGAGCCUGCGCCCCCUCGCUGUCGCCUUAGGGGCUAGGGCUUUGGGGCCUGCGUGGGCCAUGCUGGUGACUGAUUAGCUCGAGGGGCCAGGCUAGGCCAUAUUGAUUGCUGUGCAUAAGCAGGUUGGAGUUCUUGGCUGAACCCUGUGACUUUGCUACUGAAAGGCUAACAAGUUAGGGAUCCCGUGAGUGAGUCUCUCCUGUUCAUCGUCACGAACCCACUCUUGUGUAAACGUUUUAUCGGGUCUUAUUUUUGGUUUUCUGCUACCACAAUCCUCCAACUGGGUCUCAUCUCUAAUGAGAACGUUAGGAAAGAUCCUGAAUGGAUGAGACUGGGUAUGAGCAACAUGAAGGAGUCACGGAAGCUCCUGUCAUACCCUUUUCAGGGGAACUCACGCUCCUGUGGAUUAGGCAAAAAGGACUUGGUCAAGGUGAAGGGGAUGAGGGAUCCUUUUUCACAGCCCAUCUGCCCUUUGCUUACCUCUUACCUUGCCUGGCCUUCUGGUCGGGUCUGCUUGAGAAUUGGCCCUGGAGGCAAGAACUCUAAGGGGAGACCUACCUGAGUGGGUCGUUUACCUCCUGCGUUUCCUCUGCCUCCCUCUACAUUCACUAAGAAGGUUGCAGAGUUUAGAAGACAGGGCAGCAACCCACCUAGAGUCCUUUUAGAAUGAUCCUCUAACUGACCUGGCUGUAGCUUGCAGAAAAGAGGCCUUGGUAGGGAUCCAAGAAUCCUCACAAUGUCACUUUGUGUAUUCCAUCCCACAGACAUUCUUGCUCGGUCGCUUACUCUAGGUGUCUUCAUUCUCCCCCACCAUCAUCUUCACUCAUAUUCUCCCAUUAGAAUUGCUUGUCCCACCUCCUAGCCAUCACCCGUGACCCUGGAGCUUCUCAAACUCCAGCCAAGGAAACCUGUCUUCCUAUGUCACCUCUGAAUUUUUCCUCCCUAAAGACCUUUCUUGGCACCAAAAUGAGGUGGGCAAAAGGACAGGUUCUUAUGGUGAGGUUCUUGCCAGGCACAGACUGCCAAAUGAAACGACCACCUUUCAACCUGUCCAAAGAGAAUGAAUCUUGUCCUAGAGGGGCAUUACUGAGAAGCCAAUAAAAGUAGAGAGGAGGGAGGCUCGUCACUUCAGUUGUGAGAUUUGUGGCAAGCCAGAGAUUUUCUUUCUAGUUGGAGGCCCUUAUUCUCAGAUUCUAAGACAGGCAAGUGAAAGAUUUGACUCCUGACAUUCUGAGCAGCCAGAGUCUCAAGGCCCAUCUCGUGUGUGUGUGGGGGGGUGGAUGGGUGGGUGGUGGUGUUUUGUGUGUGCGCGCGUGCACGCACGUGUUGGCAUUUGUGGUUUGUGUGUGUGCAGAUGAGAAUACUGCAUGUGUGUAGAGGCAACAGGAAAAUAUCAGAUGUCUCCCCUCUAUUGCUUUCCCAUGCGAUGGAGUCUUACUUAUUCUGGAGCUUGCUGUUUUCCUAAGCCCCAGUGAUAAUUCUCCAGUUUGUGCUCCCACAUGACUGGGGUUACAACAUUGCAGUACCCAGCUGUUUGUUGGAUACAGGAAAAUCAGGGCCCCUGAGAUCUUUUGCUUGUGAAGGAAGUGCUCUUUCCCAGUGAGCCAUCUCUCCAGCAUUUCAUGGCUUUGAAUCCAGAGACCUGUCUCGGUCCAGGGAGCUAGUUUGGAUGGAAUUCAUGACCUCAUGAGAGAACAGCAGAUAUGAACAGUGACUGUUGAGUCUCAGUAAUAAAUCUCUGUGUUAAGAA